AUGAACACGGAUGAUGUGUCGAUUCUUCUGGAAAUUCUUGAUUUAGAAUACCUAAAGCCAAUCUUAAUCGGUCGAUUUCAUACAAUUAGUGAUCUCGCUUUAGUUAAUCUCAAUGACAUUGGCAUACAAAAUACAGAGGAUUUGAAUAAAUUAUGUUACGCUAUUGAUGAAAUCCAACAAAAGAAUCAGUCAGUUGAACAAUAUGAACCAAUCCUAUCAAUAAAAGAUAGCGACAGUAUUCUAACGCGUAUUGAAAAUGAAGGCAAUCUAGUCAUAUCUAGUCUAAAAUUACUGUUGAAUAACAAUGAAACGCCGCCAAGAGAUGAUGGGACGUUCGAUUUGGAUUAUAGUUUAUAUCAUUCUCAAAUCGAUCAAAUCGAAAUGGACGUCAAAUGUUUACAAGCAAACACAGAUGAAUUGCUCAAACAAAUUCAUCAUCAACGAUUUUCAUCGAUUCAAGCAAAACCAGAUGAAAUUGUGAUCAAAAAGAAUUCAAAUCAAUUGUUCAAAACAACUUGUGUUAUUGCUACUCUUUCUGUUCUUUGUAUUGGUCUAAUGUUCUAUAUCAAACAAAAAUAA